AUGGGUGAUGUCAAGAGAGAUGUUACCGUCAUAUUUAUUGGAAGGAACCGAGCGCAGUGUGAUCAGUACUGUCAGCGAUUGUCAAGAUACUGUGGCCCAGCAGUCACCAAAGAGAAGCCAGUCGAUAUCGCAUUUUUGCGUCAGCCGAAGAAGAGGAGAAUUUCUGGAGCCGAAGCUCAAACUGAAUGCAGCAUCACGCAGACGAAAACCUCAUGUGAGGGGGUUCCCGUAAAGCAAGAACAAACUGACGAAGCUCGCGAACAUGAGGCCGUAUCUGACUCGAAGCCGUCUCCCAGUUGCGCUGCUGCCAUGACGUCUGACCACGAGUACGUCACUCCGUCAACUUCAUCAGAGCGUGGUCACGGCAAGAAGCCAAAUGGGGAUGUGGACGUUGUAGUGCCGCAAAGUUUCUUUGUGGAGUUACUGCGAACUCUCAAGAAUCUGCGUGGCGAAUGUCGCACCCGCUUCGACCGUCUUGACGACCAACUGGAUGAUUUAGCUAGUCGAGUAAGCGCUGUUGAAGAGAUCAUUCAAGAAGGCAACGCUUUCUUUUUGAAAGUGGACAACUCAAGCCCAUCGUCAUCUCAUCCGCAGCACGCUGGUGAUACGGGUAUCAACACACUGCCGGGCUUGCCUAUUAAUGGACAGACUUCGAAGCUGGAGUACCCUUAUCCCCUGCUGAGCGAGACAGAUGUGAUAAUGCUUCAGAAAGAAAGCAAGACGAUCACCUCCUUUGCAAGGAAGGUUGAUCGCGUACUCUUUGCUAAUGAUUCUGAUAAGGAUAGUCCAAUUGAUGCUCGUGCUGAUAAGGAGAAGAUCCUAUGGCUAAAAAUGCUGAUCCGAACAUUACAUCCAACUGCUUCUGAUCUUGACGACGCUGCGAGGUGGACGGCCUGCCGACAGGCUAUCAACGACUACUGUAGGAGGUCUGGGAAACAUCUGAGCCACGAGGAGCGGCUGCAAGUACUUCAUCUCGUUGCGAAUCGAAGUCAUGAGGAGGUGGCACUGAUCUUCAACAAGCUUCAUCCAAAUCGUGAACCAAUAAGACAAAGUAGUGUCAGUAGACUGAUCGCCAAGUUCAAGGAGACUGGGUCGAUCAAAGAUCGACCUCGUUGUGGGAGACCGAAGAGUUUAACCGACCACGUCAAUGCAGCAGCGGUGCUCAAUUUAAUUCGUGAAAAUCCUGGGAAGUCACUCCGACAAAUGGCUGUCGAAAUAGGAAUGUCAAGAAGUAGUGUUCAUAGGAUAUUGCAGGCUCACAAAGAGCACUCUGAAUACAACAGGUCUCGAAGAAAACGAGCACCAAGAAAUACCACUAUCACUAGGAAUGCUGGCGCACAGUAA